UUUGUGAUUCAUUUGGUGUAAAGUUGGUCAGAGUUGGUGUAAAGUGUGAAUUGUUUUGUUGAAAAGUUAGUAUUCCAUUAUUGUGUGUGGCGAAAUCCUGUAUUUGAAAAAUGAUAAUUAAGGAGGGAAGUUAUAUGUGGCGUAGUAAAAAUACAAACUAAGAUAUUGCUUGCGGAAGUAGCAUUUUUAUUUGGAAUAAAAAUCGAGUAUAAAAGGUUUGGAGUCAUCAGAAUUAUACUCGUUCAAAAUGGCGUCGGCAGAUCAAGAGCUUGCUGUCAAACAAUUUAUUGAUCUCUGCAAUGGCUCGUCGUCCAGUGUUAGACGUAAUGUAUCACAUACCACAGCGGUGAAAUUUUUGUAUGCUCGAAAAUUUGACGUACAUCGAGCUGUGUCCCUUUACGAACAACAUGAACAAAUCCGGAUACGUGAAGGCCUAUAUAACAUAAAUCCAGAUAUAGAACCACUUUAUUCAGAAUUACAGACUGGAAAAUUCACCAUAUUGCCUGCUCGUGAUACCACUGGUGCUGCGAUCGCUCUGUUCACUGCUAGUCGACACAGUCCCUUAAGUGUUACGCAUACCAUCACAUUGCAGGGCAUUGUCUACCAACUCGACUGUGCUUUGCAAGACACAGAAACGCAGAAGGCGGGACUCAUCUUCAUAUACGAUAUGAGCGGUUCAAAAUACUCAAACUUUGACUACGAUUUAUCGCAAAAAAUUCUAACUUUGCUCAAGGGCGGCUAUCCGGCUCGGUUGAAGAAAGUAUUAAUUGUGACGGCGCCUUUAUGGUUCAAGGCCCCAUUCAAAAUUCUCCGAUUGUUUGUGCGUGAGAAAUUGCGUGAACGCGUUUUCACUGUAUCUGUGCCAACGUUGGGGCUGCACGUGCCUCUGAAAGCAUUGCCCGUACAUCUUGGCGGAGCAUUGGAAAUCGAUCACGCCACAUGGUUGCUACAGUGCCGCAAAUCGAUGACGAAUCGUGAAGACGAACUGCUCGCCAAUAUUGAGCAAGCGGCUUUUAAUCGAAGCAACACAACCAAUACAACAAACACUAACAAUAUUUUGAAUAACACCGUUACCGUUAGUGGUGACAUAGACAGCAACGUUAACAGCAACAUAAAUACGACGACAACAACAGUCACACUCACAAACGACGAUUACAGCCGACGGUUAUUGAGUGGUGAGGAGCCCAACGAAAAUAUUACAAUAAACGGCUUGUGUACAGUCAUUGGUGCCCCGGCAACCGGUUUAAAUCAAAGUACUAAUUGCAAUACAACGGCAUCGUUGGCUGCGUGCAACCAAAUUGAUUCAGAGUCGGUGGUAGUUGCGUCAGGAGCGGUGCCGACAGUCGGUGUUCCAGUGGUGAACGGUUUAGAUGCAAGUGGACCUCAAGGAUCUGCUGCUUUGGUGAAUGGUGUUGCUGUACCGGCUGUAGCAGUUACCAGUAACGGCAGCUCGAACGGCUCAUCCGGCUUGAGUGAUUUGUGGUCGGAAAACCCGCCAAGUAGUGCUUCGUCGGGGUUUAGUGAUGACGACAGCCUGGCUGGGCAGGAGGGAUAUCCAAAAACAAUUGAACAAAUUGUUCAAAUGGUAAAGGAGCUCGGACGAAAGGGUCUGGUAAAGGAGUAUGCCGAAAUACGGAACCGAGCGCCCGAGGGCACAUUUGUAUAUGCAAGAAUGCGGAAUAACCUGACUAAAAAUCGCUACACAGAUGUCCUUUGCUAUGAUCAUAGUAGAGUUGUGCUAUCUAGGGAUGAUGGCGAAGACUAUAUAAACGCAAAUUUUGUCGACGGAUACAAACAAAAGAAUGCCUAUAUUUCAACACAAGGCCCAUUACCAAAAACAUCGCAAGAUUUUUGGCGCAUGAUAUGGGAGCAGCAUUGUUUAGUUGUUGUAAUGACAACUCGUGUUAUGGAGCGUGGGCGUGUUAAAUGUGGUCAAUACUGGGAGCCGACUGAGAAUAGUUCCUUGGAGUUUGGAAAUUUCCAUGUGCGAACACUUAGUAUAGAAAUAAAUGAAGAUUACACAGUAGCAUCAUUAGAAUUGAAAAAUCUUAAGACUGACGAAAUUAGAAACGUUUCGCAUUGGCAAUUCACCAGUUGGCCCGAUUAUGGUGUACCGAGCACUGCAAUGGCCAUGCUAAAUUUUCUUCAAAAAGUGCGCGAAAAGCAGGCAAAUAUGGUGAAAGCAUUGGGUGACACCUGGGCCGGUCAUCCGCGCGGGCCACCAAUAGUGGUGCACUGUAGUGCGGGCAUAGGUCGAACAGGUACGUUUAUAACAUUGGAUAUAUGCAUAUCGCGUCUGGAGGAUGUUGGAACGGCCGACAUUCGUGGAACCGUGGAAAAAAUUCGUUCUCAGCGUGCCUAUUCUAUACAAAUGCCCGAUCAAUAUGUAUUCUGUCACCUGGCCCUAAUUGAGUACGCAGUGUCACGGGGCAUGCUAAAAUCAGUGGAUUUAACGGGCUUUGAUGAUCGAGAUGAAGAUUCUGACUAAGGACUAACUGGGUGAGAGUGUGAAGGAAAUAUAUCUCCAAUAGAAAGAUUUGAUGUCACUUCUUCAUUACGAAUGGCAGGGACAUUUAAAAAACAAUAGUGAUUUAGCUGACGUCGAAAAGCGGAUCCAAAGCUAAAAUAAAUGCUGAUGCGCAAGCUUUCUUAAAAUCGUAGCUGUAUAAUUUAAAGUAAAUGUAAACAUUUAGAUGUUUUGUUGUUUCAUUUCGUUUCAUCUUAGAGAAGUGAAAUCUUUAUUGUAUACAGAUAAAAAUUGAUUUAAAUUAUAACUUUAGUUCUAUAGAACCAUAAUGAAUAAUUACUGUUUAUAUUUAAUGCAUAUAACAUUUAAAUUAAAUAAUAGUAAAAUAUGGCAAGGAUAUAAGAAAUAAUAAAAUUGGCAUAGAUGUAUAAUAUAGUUUUAAACAAUAAAUUUAAACAAUCCCUAAAAAUGAACUUUUAAAUAGUUUUUUAGGAUCAUAUAUAGUAAACCAUCUGAAUGUACUUAAACUCGUCGAAAUGAAGUCGUAAUUUGGCGCUUUAGCAAAAAAAAAAAACGGAAAAACAACUGAUUUACUAUUAUAGUUCUUAAAGCAAUUACACAUAGUACUUCAUCUGGUAUUAAAUAACUUGGAAUGAAGGUAUUUGCUGAGAAGCUCAAUAAGCUUAAAAAACACAAAUGAGCAUGAGAAAUAACGAAAAUUUUAAAUCAUUUAAAAAGUAUGCCGGUUAGACGAAGUGGAAAACGUAUUUGCUUCAAAAAUUUUUUGAACUAUUGCUAUGUAUAUUAACUUAUUUAAUCAGAUUGGUGAUGUUGCAAAAUACAACGAAACGAGGAAAACUACAAUAACAGCAAAAAAUAAUUGAAGUAAGUAAGGAAAAGUAUAUGAUGUAUAAUCCAAAGCCAAACAAUGUACGGAGGCUAUCGGGUAACAGGAAAAACCCAUGAUAAUAAACUGAAAUACGCAAACGCCAAUAAAAAACCGUCCUCCAAAGAGCUCAAAACAUAAAUACAGUUUUCCUAUGAACACACAAUUCAAUGUAAGCGAGCAAAUGUAUAUUAAAAAAAGGAAGUGAAGGAUUUCAUACUAAUUUUCAAUCCCUCAUUUGUAAUAUCUAUUAUUUUAUGUUGUUAAAAGUCAGUUGAAUAAAUUUUCUUAAAAAACUCAUACGGAUGAGUGACACUAAAUAAAGAUUUCUUCCGUUAACUUGUGGAGGUAUGUCUUGAGCUCUGAACGUUUUUUCGUAGAAAAGAACGAGUUCAGCUCAUGAUUAUUUAUUGCAUUGAAAGUAAAUAAAAAAAACAUAUUCUAUAAUAAAUUCGCAUAUGUCCAUUACAUACCCGUCACUGUGCCAACAAAAACUGUUCCUGAUCCCUAAUGAGCAAUACAAAUUUUGCGCAUCACAUAUGAAAGCCUAGUGUUUUGAGGCUAUGUGUUGAACGGGUUUGUUUGUCCACAUUAUUUUGGUUAGGUCUUUGUAAACUGUGAAGAAGUUAAAAAAUUUCUUCAAAAUUCGUUGAGUGGUUAACAAUAGGGGCCGCAAACAAUAAGACUCAGAGAAUAUUGGAGAUUUUUACUUUCAAAAUAUUGCAUUUUCAUUAUGAUAACGAUGUCGUGCUUAUGUAUCUGUUUUGUUUAUCUUUUGAAAUAAUUUUCUAGCAAUAUUAAAAAUAUAAAAAUUAUGUCCAUCACCUAUUUAUCAUACGUGGUCGGUUUAUCAUUGUGUCGAGGCAAUGUCGAUUGUAUGCUAAUUAUUCAGUGUUUUUGAAUUUUAACCAAUAACUCAUUUUUUGAUUACGCCGAAACAUUUACCGAGUCAAUAUUAUUGCCAAAUCGCUUAGACUUUACGAAUGACAUGGAGCAAUAUUUGGUUGCAUAUAAGGCGGUGUUAUGCUUUGCGCUCCGGUUUAAUGAAGUUGAAAUGUUUCUGAUACAAUUUCUGGUAACAUAAAAAUUGACGCUAUUUUAUUUAACCCUAAGCAAUUCACAUAUACAUACUAAUAAAUGAAUUCAAUAGAAAUCAAAUCUAUCAUUGUACAUUUUUAUACAAUAUUAGACAAUUAAGUAGCAGCAAUUUAGCAAGCUGAUAAUUAUAUAGAAACAGAAUAGCUUGCGCUGAUGGAAGUAAACAAAGAAAAAAUAAAUAAAUAAUUUAAAAAAAUAAUGGUAGUGUGUUAUUUUUGAGGUAUAAGGAAUGUGAACACUUUUAAA